CCCUCUCAAUAUUCACUGGCUGUCACAGCAAAGCGGUUCCAGGACGAGCACUAGCAGCGAUUCACUUUGUACGGCGCUUCACCUUUUCUCUGUUCCGUCUACAUCCCGCAGACAUGGAUCUGGAGGUGCUAAUGCACACGGCGCUCUUGCUUCCCAUCCUCCCCGCGUUUGCGCUCUAGCUGUGCGCUCCCGGCCCGUGGCACGUCCCGCUACUGACCAAGAGGAGACUGUUAUUUAUUUCUGAGACAACACUGUGUAGCAGAGAGGGGGACAGAUCGUAGAGACCGAGCAGCAGAGAGGGGACCACACAAUCGUGACAGCAAAGGGCCGUUUCAGGAUUUCAGGCGACUGAGCGGCUUGUUGUGUCCUCCUCCAUCAUGGCGAGUGACUCUCCAGCUCGGAGUCUGGACGAGAUCGACCUGUCCGCUUUGAGGGAUCCGGCUGGUAUCUUUGAGCUGGUUGAGCUGGUGGGAAAUGGCACAUAUGGACAGGUGUACAAGGGUCGCCAUGUUAAGACGGGGCAGCUCGCAGCCAUCAAGGUCAUGGAUGUCACCGGGGACGAGGAAGAGGAGAUUAAAGCGGAAAUUAACAUGCUGAAGAAGUACAGCCACCAUCGGAACAUCGCCACCUACUAUGGAGCCUUCAUCAAGAAAAACCCCCCUGGCAUAGAUGACCAGCUAUGGCUGGUCAUGGAGUUCUGUGGCGCCGGCUCAGUGACGGACUUGAUCAAGAACACCAAGGGAAACUCUCUGAAGGAGGAGUGGAUCGCUUACAUCUGCCGGGAGAUUCUCAGGGGUCUGACUCAUCUCCAUCACCACAAGGUCAUCCACAGAGACAUCAAGGGACAGAACGUCCUGCUGACUGAGAACGCAGAGGUCAAACUAGUGGACUUUGGCGUUUCAGCCCAGUUAGACAGAACGGUCGGACGGAGGAACACAUUUAUCGGGACGCCUUAUUGGAUGGCACCAGAGGUCAUCGCCUGUGACGAGAACCCUGAAGCCACGUACGACUUCAAGAGUGAUUUAUGGUCACUGGGAAUCACAGCAAUCGAGAUGGCUGAAGGAGCCCCACCGCUGUGUGACAUGCAUCCAAUGAGAGCCCUCUUCCUCAUCCCGCGCAACCCCGCCCCCAGACUCAAGUCAAAGAAGUGGUCUAAGAAGUUCCAGUCAUUCAUAGAGAGCUGUUUGGUGAAGAACCACGGCCAGAGACCCAGCACAGAGCAGCUCCUCAAACACCCGUUCAUCAGAGACCUGCCCAACGAGAGGCAGAUCCGCAUCCAGCUGAAGGACCACAUCGACCGCACCAAGAAGAAGAGGGGAGAGAGGGACGAGACUGAGUACGAGUACAGUGGCAGUGAAGAGGAGGAUGAAGAAAGAGAAAUGGGAGAACCGAGCUCCAUCAUCAACGUCCCCGGAGAGUCGACCCUGAGGCGGGACUUCCUGCGCCUCCAGCUGGCCAAUAAGGAGCGCUCGGAAGCGCAGCGGCGGCAGCAGCUGGAGCAACAGCAGAAUGAGGAGCACAAACGCUUACUGUUGGCUGAGAGACAGAAACGCAUCGAGGAGCAGAAGGAGCAGAGAAGGCGGCUGGAGGAGCAGCAGCAGCGAGAGCGCGAGCUGAGGAAACAGCACGAGAGGGAACAGAGGAGGCGCUACGAGGAAAUGGAGCAGCUCCGCAGAGAGGAGGAGAGGAGGCAUGCAGAGAGAGAACAGGAGUAUAUCCGUAGACAGCUGGAAGACGAACAGAGGCAGUUAGAGAUUCUCCAGCAGCAGCUACUACAGGAACAGGCAUUACUGAUGGAGUACAAACGUAAGCAGGUAGAAGAGCAGAGGCAGGCAGAGAGGCUACAGAGGCAGCUCCAACAGGAGAGAGCCUACCUGGUGUCUCUACAGCAGCAGCAGCAACAACAGCAGCAGCAGCAGCAGCAGCAGGAGGGAAGGCAAGCAGAGAAGACGCCGCUUUACCACUACAAGGACAUCAUCAAUCCUAAUGACAAGCCUGCCUGGGCUAAAGAGGUCCUGAAGCAGCAGCAUGUUCAGGGUAACCCGCCCCGCUCCCAACUACAACAUCACCAGUCAUUCAACCAACCGGCUUCCUCCCCUGCCUCUCACCGCCGACACAGAGAUCAGGUCCCUAGGCGAACCCCAUCCCAUGGUGCCCAGCUCCUCCCCACCCACCUCCCCCAAAUUUGUAUCUCAGUGGACCAAAGAGAACCCCUAGAUCCGGAGCUCAAGCAAGAGAUAAGUCAGCAGGUCAGAGAGUUUAGGGCUCAGAAACUCUGUCAGAGGGGCCGCAGCCCGGGGCUCAGUCAUAAAGAGCAUUCUAGUCAAGGGUCAGUCAGCCAGUCUAAUGCAGUACCCAACCCUUAUCACCUGGGACCUAGAAAUCAGAAUGAGAAGCCUAGAGACAGGCCUCUCUCUGCCCCCAGUCAGGCAGCCUUCCACGGGUUAGUGUCUCGGGACCAACACCUUAAUGCCCUUCAACCUCAUUCUCAGUCCCCAGGACAGGUCCAGAGUCCCCAGUCUGGAUCUAUCUCUGUUCCCAUCCCUGCGAUCAAUCUGGUGGAGGAGCGAUCUAAGCUGAACAGACAGAGCUCCCCAGCACUGCAGCACAAAGUCUCCAACCGCAUCUCCGACCCCUCCCUCCCUCCCCGCUCCGAGUCCUUCAGCAGCGGCGCCAUGCAACCCGCCCGCACCCCACCCAUCCACCGCUCCAUCGAACCACAGAUGGCUCUCCUUGUUCCAGUGAAGACCCACUCCGGCUCCAUGUCUGGUUCUCAGUCUCUGCAGGACCAGACGGGCUCAGCUCUGAGUGAAGGCGUCAGCAUGGGCUCCCCGAGGCCCGAGAUGCCCCGCCAGAACUCAGACCCCACUUCUGACACCCCCGGACCCCCACAACGCGUCCCAGGCAGGGAGGAACGGGACAGAGACAGGGAUCGGGACAGGACCGCCUGGCUGAGAGAGGAGGACAUGCCACCCAAGGUCCCUCAGAGGACCACUUCCAUCUCCCCAGCCUUGGUCAGGAAGAACUCCCCUAAUGGAGGAGUGGGUCUGGGCCCUCGCACAGGUUCUCAACUCAUACGGGCCAGUAACCCAGACCUGCGGCGCUCAGAGCUCUCUCUGGACGCCAUGCUGCAAAGAACUUCCUCCAACUCGUCGUCCUCCUCCUCCCCUUCGUCACAGGGAGGCUCGGCCGAGAGGAAAGGUCAAGCCAAGCAGGAAGGAUCCCCUCCAGGAGCCAAUCAGGAGGCAAAGCCAAAACAGGAGGAGGGCCGUGAAUCGGCGAGACCCAGCAGACCUGCAGACCUAAGUGCAUUGGCUAAGGAACUCAGAGAAUUGAGGGUAGAGGAGGGAAGCAGACCUCCAGUCAAGGUGACGGACUACUCGUCCUCUAGUGAAGAUUCAGAGAGCAGCGAUGAUGACGGGGAGACAGUGGGGCAUGAUGGGACUGUUGCUGUUAGCGACAUCCCCCGCAUCAUGCCGGCAGUGCAGGGCAGCAGUGAGUCGUACGGAGGGCUGACAGAAGGCUCUCUGGGAGAUGCCUAUAAUAGCUCCAAGGACGGCACUCUGGUGAUGAGAGAGGGAGAGGAGAGGAGGAGAGGAGGCCACACUGAGAGUAAUGGGUUCGGGAAUCUCCCUGACCUGGUGCAGCAGAGCAACUCUCCCUCUGCCACACCCACCUCAGCCCUGCAGGAACUGGGCGACAUGGCUGAGUUUGGUCUGGGCGGGUCCAAAGCGUCCUUCACUCCAUUUGUUGACCCACGUGUGUAUCAAACCUCCCCAAGUGAAAACGACGACGACGACGAUAACUCAUCGGAAGCCAUGUUUGCUAAUGAGCUGAUGAGGCAGGAGCAGGCCAGACUAAACGAAGCCAGAAAGAUCUCAGUGGUUAACGUAAACCCCACCAACAUCAGACCCCACAGUGACACGCCGGAGAUCCGCAAAUACAAGAAACGCUUCAACUCUGAGAUCCUGUGUGCUGCACUCUGGGGUGUGAACCUGCUGGUGGGGACCGAGAAUGGUCUUAUGCUGCUUGACCGAAGUGGGCAGGGAAAAGUCUAUAACCUGAUCACCAGACGGCGCUUCCUACAGAUGGAUGUGCUGGAGGGGCUCAAUGUUCUCGUCACCAUAUCUGGGAAAAAGAAUAAGUUGCGUGUCUACUACUUGUCCUGGCUGAGGAACAGAAUAUUACACAAUGACCCGGAAGUAGAGAAGAAGCAGGGCUGGAUCACAGUUGGCGAACUGGAGGGCUGUGUGCAUUAUAAAGUUGUAAAAUAUGAGAGGAUUAAGUUCCUGGUGAUUGCUCUGAAGAACUCUGUGGAAAUCUAUGCCUGGGCUCCCAAACCCUACCACAAGUUCAUGGCCUUUAAGUCAUUCACUGAUCUGCAGCACCGUCCACAGCUGGUUGACCUGACGGUGGAGGAAGGUCAGAGGUUAAAGGUCAUCUAUGGCUCCAGUGUGGGCUUCCAUGUCAUCGACGUGGAUUCAGGCAACCCUUACGACAUCUACAUCCCCUCGCAUAUCCAGAGCCAGGUGACGCCCCAUUCCAUCGUGGUGCUCCCUAAAACUGACGGAAUGGAGAUGCUGCUGUGUUACGAGGACGAAGGCGUCUACGUCAACACCUACGGGCGAAUCACCAAGGACGUGGUGCUACAGUGGGGAGAGAUGCCUACCUCUGUUGCCUAUAUCCACUCUAAUCAGAUUAUGGGCUGGGGCGAGAAAGCCAUAGAGAUCCGCUCUGUGGAGACGGGUCACCUGGACGGAGUCUUUAUGCACAAGAGAGCCCAGAGACUCAAGUUCCUUUGUGAGCGUAACGACAAGGUAUUCUUUGCAUCGGUGCGUUCGGGAGGUAGCAGCCAAGUCUUCUUCAUGACCCUCAACAGAAACUCUAUGAUGAACUGGUGAUGGCCACUGUCCACUCUGCCUCACUCCCCCAUUGGCCCGCCCGGCGACCCGUUGGCCCACGGCACAUCUCACAAAUGAACCCCAUUGACCGAGAGGCCACAGUGAACUCUUUCAACACUGGAGAGACUAGAAUCUCAUAGAGAAAAAAAAAAGUUAUCGUAGAGAAAAACAGCAAAGACCUGUCCUAAAUAAAAAGACAUGUUACCCUAGAUUAUGUCGGGUCAUGCAGAAGCCAUCGUUACUCAACUGACUGGCAAACUGGUGCCACUGACUUUCCAAAUAUUCUCUUCCUCUGUCUCCGUCUGUGACUCUUCUCCCUUGUUGUCCGUGUCUUCUCUCCAAACGGACCAGUUCAUUCAAGUGUUCCACACCUGCCUCCUUCUGUCCAUCCUCUGCCUCCCUUCGUCCCCCCUUCUUAAUACUCCUCCCGGGUAGAUCUAGUCAUCACUUUUUCAAUCCUUUGACACCCAUGUCCUCCAUUUUCCCCUCCACUUCCUAUCUGCCUUUUUUUGGGCUCAUUCCUGGAGAACUUACACCUCAGAGGUCACAGGAAUAGAUGAAUAGAUUUAAUAUAAAUUCAAAUAUGUACUGAAUAUGACAGCGUGUGCAUUGAGGGCAGCCGAGGGAUGACAAAUCUACUCUGGAUGUCGGCAGUGAAAGCGGACAGCAUGAUUGAUUUUCUUACUCCUUUGUCACUCCCUUCCGCCUCCUCCUCCUCCACUUCCUCCUCUCGCCAUCUUUUCAGGCCGUGAGUAAACGGAAUUGUAAUUUAGUGUUCGAUCGCAUUUCUCUGACAGAGAUGCGGUGAGACAAUCACUGUCCCAGGCGGGUGGUCCCAGUAUGCAAAGAUGAUGUCUCUGUCCCUUUAAAAUGAAAUCGCUGGUCCAUUCCUCUUUCCCUCCUCCUGUCCUCCCCCUCCCAUCAUCACCAGUCUCAUCGCCCUGUUUUCACUCUUACGUCUUUAAACUCUGAAGGUGCUGCAUCAAAAAUACUGUAAUAUUAAAUGAACAAUGAGAGCGUCAUUCUGUUCAUCCUUUUCUUUUCCUUUUUCCAGUUCAUUUAAUUUUCUGUGGCUGAGUCUGUCAGUCUUUGAAGCGUGAUUUAAAUGUACAGCACAUCUGUGUUUCUGAAAUCAGGAGUGUAUGUUGGUGUGUGUGUGUGUGAGUGUGUGUAUGCAUAAGUGUGUGUGUGUGUGUGUGUGUGUGUGUGUUUGACUUGAUGUUGAAAUGAGUCCCAUUCAAAUCAAGUUUGAAUCAAAGUGGAACAUUGAAAUCGAUGGCCAGACAAAGAGUGGAGAAAUUCAGUUUCUGUGCGUGAACUUUUGCCUGAAUGCGAUCAAAGCAACAUUGAGUUUGUUUACAAUGCAGAAUUAAGAUAUUAUCUUCUUAGUAUGAAGUUUAUGAGUUGGUGUGUCUGAACACCAAGACGUUAAAGAUAGGCAAUAUUAGUGGUUGAUUUUUUUGAGUGUUUUUCUGUCUCCUUUAACACAGUAUUGUUUUUGGCUAUUCACAAAUACAGCCAUGCUGCUGUAGGGAAUAUGAAGAUGCUUAUCCUGAAUACAACCUCAACAGGAUCUGAGCUGCAAUCCCGAAUAUUGUGUGCAUGUGAAAGAUCUCAUCGUUGAAAGCUGUGGUGUCCUUUUUUAAAUCAUGCUCUUCCCUGAUUGGUUCUUCUGGCUCCUACCUGUUUGUACAGUGCCUAGCAUGAUGUAAGCAAAACAAAAAUGGAGGCCAAAAGAUUACCGCUCACGUUAUAACUAAUCAUUUUAUUGCCUAUUUUAUUACGGUUAAUUUACACUGGGGUUUUUUUUGUGUGUUAUCGGCUAACUUUAACACAUUGCUGAUGUUAUUUGUCUCUUCUAAUGGAGAUGUACAUUAACACAUUCAAUACUUGAUUUAUUCUUUGAAAGGAGUAACUGAAUAUGGUACGAUAAAACCAUUUAAUUUCUUUCUAAAUUCUUAGUCGAUCAUUAAUACAUACUGUUUUACAUUUAUAACACUACUGAGGGUGGACUAGUUCAUGCUUACCCAUCCACAUUGGAGAGCACUGUCUUUUUUUUCCUGGUGGAUAAAACUAGACUCAUUCCCCGAUGAUGUAAAGGUCAUUUAAAUCCAGUUGUUUCUGUUACAUAAUUUUUAAAAAUGAUAUUGUAUUUUCAAGGACUUUUUACAUAUCUACACAGUAGCUGUUCCUGUGCAGCUGCGAGUCAGGUUCAUCAAACUCUGUAAGGGGGUAGCAGGCUGACAUUUUAGCAAUAAAGAGCCGAGCUGAAGAAAACCACCGUCUUCCCUGUGUGUGUGCACGCAUGCAUCUGUGUGUAUGAUUGAUAAGCGAGCGUGAAUGGGACAUUUAAACUAUGUUUGUCCAUCACGGAAUUCACUCUUCCCAUUGGAAAAGGCUGACUGUCAUUACACUGAGGACUCUCCUUUCAAAGACGAAACCACUGUAUUCUUUAUUCUGUUUAUUUCUUGUUUUCUUUGUUUUGAAAGAGCAUUACUAAUGUCCUGUUUUGGGAUUUAUUUGUUUUGUAAAAGAGAUGCUGUAUGAGAUAAAUAAAUUAAACUAGAGCAUUAUG